CUUAUGAAUUCCACUUUCUGGUUGAAUAUACUAUAGCUUGGAGUCACUCUGUGGUUAACGAGGAACAUUCGCUUUGGCACAAACUGCGGGAAUGCCCACCGGGCCUUGAUAGGAGUUCUCUUUGUCAUUAUUGGUGGCGGUAUUGCCAUGCCGCUAUACUAUAAAUAUGUCCAGCUAGACCUCAUCAAAAAAGACCUUCGGCAGCAACAUCAAGCCUUGCUAGAUGCGACCACUCCAUUCGACUCAUCGAUUAUCAAGCGCAACAGGAAACCGAAAACGUCAGUACUGGCCUCAAAGCGCUUUAGUUUGGCGCUGAAGGUGACAACAUUUAUCUUGAUCCUGGUGGUAGCACUUGGCUAUUAUUAUCUUUGGAGCAAGGAGAACCGGUGUCUGGAUCCGAAUCUGUGGAUUGUCAAGGGGUGGUUUAUUGCACUACUUGUUGUCGCCGUUGUGGUCACGGCACUCAUGUUCGCUGCCAUGUACCGUGCAGUGAAAGAAAGACGCCUCUUGAACACUGCUCGCUAUGAAGCUGACGAGGACGAUGUCCCGAACAGUCAAGUCAUUAACAUGGAUCCUCGAGAAGCAACUCCAAGCCAAGAGCCUCUGAGUCCUACUAAUCCGCCUCCUGUGUAUCCAGGAUCGCCUCUUUCAAAAGAUGCGCCUCCCGGCCAGAUGCAGACGCAAACAUCGUCUAAGCCAGACCAGCACGAACUCGCUCAGAUCGAGGAGACAAUAGCAGAGCAAUUGGGCCAGCAGCAGCAGCAGCAGCAAUCCCACCAGCAGCAAAUGGGCCAGUCGCAGGCAGGAUACGGGGCCUCUGGAACUGGAGCAUACUGCUAGCAAAGAUAGAGUGCGGCUCCCUUUUUGUCAGGGUCACCAGCGACGGUGGUGAUUAAUAAAAGGGACGAUCUGCAAGGGGCAGGCGUAGUGUGGAUAACGCGGUGUAGCGAAUACGUCUG